UGAAAUUUUUCUGCAUAUAGAAUCUUGAAUCUUUCUGCAUAUAGAGUCUUGAAUCUGGUUUUAUUUGGUUCUUUAGAGUGCUACAACGUUGCUAUUGCUGUUUUUUCAGAAUGAGGAAUUUAGAGUUUGUUUCCGAGCGUCACCGCUCGUUGCCGUUCGGUACUGUUUCAGAGCAUGCUGGUGACAAUCAGUCCAAGUUCCUCUGUUCAGACACCACUGGAGCGGUAGCGGCCGCCAGUAAUUCAGGUUAUGUUUUCAUAAGAAAUGAGGAAGAAACCGUCUUUGGUAUCCCUCCGGAGCAUUCGCACAUUGUGGACAUCGAUUAUCUUGUCGCGGAAGCCGCGUUGUUUAUCGCAACAGUCGAAGGAACGAUUGCGCUUUCUUGGGGGAACGACGUGUCUGUUAUGUGCCACAUUGCGGAGGGUGUCAGUGCGUGUAAAUGGAGUGCGGAUCAAGAAGUAUUAGCGUUGACCACUCGCCAUACACACGGAGGACCGCAUUUGAUCGUCAUGACAGCUGACUGGCUGGCGGUUUCUACCAGUCCUAUGGAGUCGGAGGAGUUCGGGGAACAAAUGCCCGUCACUGUCGGAUGGGGUAAGAAAGAAACGCAGUUUCAUGGGAGUGAAGGCAAGGAAGCUGCGAAAGCGAAAACACAGAUAACGGGUGGAAUAAUGGGGGAAGAUGAUGCGAUUCCACGAAUAUCUUGGCGAGGCGACGGUCAGUAUUUUGCCGUGGGAUCCAUUUCGGAGCUGCGCCGCAGUCGGCUUAUUCGCGUGUACGAUAGACAGGGAGUUUUGCAGAGCACCAGUGAACCUGUUAACGGCCUGGAAUGGUGCCUAGCUUGGAAACCUUCCGGAGCUCUGAUCGCUUCCUCGAUUUACGAAUCAGAUCAACGACACAUUCAGUUUUUUGAAAAGAAUGGUUUGCGGCACGGCGAAUUCGCUCUUCCCUUUCCUGCUCAACAAUCAGCUGUGAAAGAUCUGCAAUGGAACUCAACGUCCGAAAUUCUUUUGGUGUGGAUUGUGCUCAAUGAGCCGACUGGCCUUUGUGAUUGUCUUCAGUUAUGGACUGUGAACAAUUAUCAUUGGUAUGCUAAACAGACUUUGCGCUAUCCGCGCACCGGUGCGGAUCAGAUUGCAGCGGCUCGCUGGAGUCAGCACGAACCAUAUGUUCUCUAUAUUCUCGAUUCGGGAAGUCUGUCCACAGUAGAAUGGACAUGGAGCUGCUGUCGCAGCGAAGAUAGUUCCUCGACGGUUGCCGUAAUUGAUGGAACGAGGGUUUUAUUGACAAAUUUUGCUUCCGGAAUUGUUCCUCCUCCUUCGUCUUCCCAUUUUUUGACCUUGGACUCCUUCAUUAAUCAAGUGGCGUUUUAUUCUACCCAUGAUUUUUAUGAGCUUGCGGUUGUAACGGACAAGAAAUCUGUUUCGAUAUUUUAUUCGAGCCGCUUGGAUCCAACAGCUGCACCCAUAUUGCGGAAGACUUGCGUUAUCCCGUUUGCGAAUUAUCCCCGAAUAUUUUGGUUUGGUCCCCAAGUGUUGGCCGUAGUUGAACCAGCUAACCAAAAUGGAGUUCCUUUAUGGGGUUUGUGGGUGUUUUCAGUGAAACAUGAAUCACAAAUGGAACUGGAAUCAUUGUCAUCAAUGGAAUUUCUGGAAGCAGACAAAACAUGUCGAUUGCUGGCAUAUUUUGAUGCACCCAUUCUGAAUUGCAUACCGCGCGGGGAUUUUUUUGUUGUAGCGACUUGCAACGGUGUGAUCUUCAAACUGAUGGACAACUUGACCGGCGCGGUUGUUUCCAAGUUGUUCAGGUUUCCCUUACCAUGUGACAGAGUGGAAAUAGUUUCUGAGGAAGAAUUAUUUGGAUUACACAGUGCGUCUAAGCGAUUGUAUCGGAAAGAGGAUUUAAUUAGCGAUUCAUGUACAUCAUUCAUUGUCGAUCAUAAUUUUUUGCUGUACACAACACAUCAUCACAAAUUGACAUCCAUUCGUCGUGGAAUCGAAAAAUUUGGAGCGUUAAGAGAUGAAAGAGAAGUGGAGCGAGGAUCGCGGCUUGUGACAGUGGUUUCGGACAGGACGGAUGUGAUUUUACAGCUUCCACGUGGUAAUCUGGAGACAAUCCAUCCACGAGCCUUGGUUAUAUUCCGAAUAUGCCAGGCUCUAAACCAGAAGAAUUAUGCUCUCGGUUUUGAGUUAGCUCGCCGCCAUCGUGUGGACAUGAAUCUCCUCGUUGAUUACAACGUAAAUACUUUCCUAAACGAUGUCCAAUUAUUUGUGGAGCAGUUGAACGACUCGGCCAAUAUGAAUAUCUUCAUUGCUGAGUUGAACAACGAUAAUGUGACGAGCACAACUUACGCGGCGCACUUUGCGCAGGCUUCGCCUUCUGUCUCGAACAAAGUUAAUACCGUCCUGGAUCGGUUGGAGAAGAUUAUUGGCAGCCAGCCUUUGGGAAAAAUGUUCAUUUCCCUUUUAGCUUGUGACAUAUACAAGAAACCUUCUCAGUUGGAGACAGCCCUCUUCAGAGUGAAAGAUCUACGUGGUGCAAGUCAGCCAUAUAUUUCGGCCGAAGAAGCAUUGAAAUUUAUUCUGUAUUCCGCUGAUGUGAACGAGCUGUUUAAUAUUGCUCUCGGAACAUACGAUCUAGAACUGGUUUUAAUGGUGGCCGGAAAGUCGCGGAAGGAUCCAAAAGAGUACAUUCCGUUUUUGAAUCAGUUCCGUAUUCUACAGCCUGAAGCGCGACAGUUUCUGGAGAUUGAUAAGCACUUAAAGCGCUAUUCCAAAGCGUUAAAACAUUUGGCCAGGUUGGGACCGGAAUAUUUUGAAGAGUUUGUGGAUAUUAUGACGCGACAUAAUUUGUACAAAGACGCAUUGCAGAUAUUUCCUGAGCAGAGCAGUGAAAGAAGUCGAAUUUUAUUCUUAUAUGGAGAGUAUUUAAAUAAACAAAAACGGAGAGCCUUUGAAGCGGGUGUGGCUUAUGAGGAAGGACAGUUUUUUGAGGAAGCAGUGGAUUCGUAUCGAAAAUCACUGGACUGGCAGCUGGCCAUGUCGUGCGCCCAUCGUGCCGGCUGGGAGACUGAAAGACUAUCGAAAUUGGCACAGCAGUUAGCCUUGCAGUUACAAUCGAACAGCAGGCACGCUGAAGCUGGAAAUCUAUUACUACGUUUUUCGAAUAAUUCUGUACAAGCAACAGAGACGUUUUUGGCAGGAAGAUGCUGGGACGAUUUGCUGUUAUUGAUAGCUAGCGGGCAGAACGUCAAGGAAGAUACAUUUCCUCGCCUAAAAUUGACAGCUGAGAAGUGCCAUGCAGAUUUUUUGCAUGAAAUUGAAGAGAUCAAGACCAGCUUAAAAAAAUAUUCGAGUCGCUUAGUAGUUGUGCGACAAAUGAAGCAAGAUAAGAAGGAUAGUGGAGAAGAUUACGUAGAUACCGCUUCAGAGACAAGUUCCAUUUCGGACCACUCUCGUGGUUCUAAACUGAGCAAGCUGAGCAAGAGCUCCAGUAAAAGUAAGCGGAAAGACGAGAAGAAGAAGCGUAGUCUGCGAGAAGGAGGAUCAUAUGAAGAAUUGGCACUGCUGGAUACCAUCAGGAGCCUGUAUAACCAGGCAAACGUGAUGAUGAAAGAUAUCGAAAGUUUGCUGAAGAUAUCAGUCUUAAUCGGUUUGUCGAAUGCUGCAAAGAAUCUUUUCCAGCAGUUCGAUAGUUUGGUACAGGAGCUGGCCGCGAAGCGAUCUGUAGUAUGGAGUGUGCAGAGUCUGCUGAAUGUCACGGGUGUCCGUCCUGGAGGCUAUGCAUAUGGACCAAAUGCAACUUCGAACAUGAUAGCCGCUGAUAUGCAGAAUUCAUCUGUUUCCGACGGACAGAUUGGGAACCUGUCGUUGUCCGAUCUGGUCUUGUUUAUUCCACCAGAACUGAAUAAUGUGUCAAAAUGGAAUGAAUGCAAGAUGGAUCAGCUGGAUGACUGAAGCGCUCCGCUAACUGAUUGUCUUGAUUUGCUGUCUCCGAUUUUGGAUAAAUGUGUGGUGCUCUCGUCACUAUUUGCGGUGAACAGAAAUGUCUUCCUAUCCAAAGCGCGUUUACCAUACUAACAUGAUAUCCGCCUUUUCCAUUGUGUUAUCCAUCCAUCGUCAGGCGAUGCGACACCCGGCCAGUUGUCGUAGUCAGUCAGCCGCAAACCUGUCAGUCAUGCCCGCUAAGCAGAGCAUUGCGAUGCGAUUGUUUGUGACUUUGUGUGAUCAUGCUGUGUAUUUUUCAGAAAGCUUGGUUGUCGAGAGGUUUUGUGAGCUCAAAACAUCCAGCAAUGGUUGCCCAGUGUUUGUUCUCUUUGUUUUUUUAUGUGUUAAUUAUGAUUGGUCUUUUAGCGUAAUUGAUGGCUAUUCGUCAAAUGGAAACGGUGUCGUGCGACAGAAUCAAGGAAAU